CCGAUACGCCACCAUGGUUGCCCCGCUAUACACGACAGCCUCUGGGCUGUUGUUCCAUGCUGGUAAGAUCCUGGUGCUGACUGUUGGUCUCCCCGCAAGAGGAAAGACCCAUAUAUCGCGUGCUCUCGAGCGUUACCUACGCUGGACGGGUAUCAAGACCCAGGUCAUCUCGUUGGGCGAUUACCGUCGCAAAGUAAUCGGCGGAACGCAGAAGUUGCCUCCGGAUUACUUCAAGUUAGGCGAGAAGAGUCCUGAGACCAUCGCGCUCCGUCAACGGAUCUCCGACGGAUGCGAGCAGCUCAUCUGGGACUUCUUCAACGCCCAAGGACAAGUUGUAAUAUACGAUGCUAACAAUGGGACCCGGGAACGUCGUCAGAAGAUAGCAGAGAAGUUUGUCUCUGCUGGAAUUCAUGUCAUCAUGCUAGAAUCGCUCUGCGACGACGAGCAAAUGAUCCUAGCAAACAUCCGCAGUGUCAAGAUUUCGUCCCCAGACUAUCGAGGAUGGGACCCAGAUAAAGCGGUCCGGGAUUAUUUCAAGCGGAUCAGCGAUCAUGAAGUUCACUACGAACCAGUUGAAGAGACGACGUAUCCUUCGAUCCGUAUCAAGAAUGUUGGCGACAAUAUCAUGGUCAACGACAUUCGUGGUUACCUUCAGUCUAGGAUUGUCUUCUUCUUGAUGAACAUCCACAACCGAUUCCGUACAAUUUACUUCGCCAGGUCUGGUCAAUCGCUCAUUGAGCAUUCCUACAAAGCGGACUCCGACCUCUCACCGGCGGGUUGGGAGUACGCUGAAAAGUUGAAAGAGUUCGUCUACGAGCGACGCACUAAAAUGUUGGAAUCGCGAGGCGUGGACCCCGCAGAAAGGCGUUUGGUGAUCUGGACGUCCGCUCGCCGACGGUCACACCACACCGCCUGGCCCUUCUUGACCACGAGCCCGAACGACUCCUCACCGCCUCCGUCCGUGAAGAUUAUGGAACGGCCGCAGAUGGCGGAAAUCAACCCUGGCGUCUGGGACGGCCUAACCCCCGACGAAGUCAGGCAAUACUACCCCGACGAGUGGGAGCGCUUCGUCAAGGAUCCCUACGCGUACCGUGCGCCCAGGGCGGAGAGCUAUCACGAUCUUUGCGUCCGCCUGGAGCCGACCCUCAUCGAGCUAGAGCGACAGAAGGAAGACCUCCUCAUCAUCGGGCACGCCUCUGUCAUCCGGUGCAUCCUCGCCUACCUCAUCGGCCUGCCCGCGUCCGAGAUUCCCGCCAUCGAGGUCGCACGCGGGGACCUCAUCGAGGUCAUCCCGACUUCAUAUGGCGUCUACAGCCAGGCGUACCACUUCUGGGACGGCCCUGGACGGAGCAACACCAAUAGCGGCAGUCCCGACGAAAAGAAUUUUUACGAGAACUAUGCGGAGGAUACUAAGGGAAAGCGCAGGCCGGAGAUCGAGAAUGUAGAGGCAUGAUACUCUGCGAGCUAUCGGCGUGUCACUCAGGGAAGGGGAAGCUAGAAUUGGUGCAAUUGUAUUCGUAUCGAUUCCCGUUGUCAUCACCAUACAAGACAUUCCAUUCCUACACUACUACUGAUCGCA